AUUAUUAUUUAAGGUUGCAUCCUGUUUGUGUUGUUUUAAUUUGAAAGUCUUUAGAGGAAGUAGUUAAAGUGAGCUGAAGUUGGUUUUAAGUUUCAACUCCACAGUCAGAGACUCAGUUUGGUUCAACACUUCACACAGUGAGUACGGCAGCUAUACUACAGUAAUACUAGUUAUACUACAGUUAUACUACAGUAAUACUACAGCUAUACUACAGUAAUACUACAGCUAUACUACAGUAAUACUAGUAAUACUAGUUAUACUACAGCUAUACUACAGUAAUACUACAGCUAUACUACAGUAAUACUAGUUAUACUACAGUUAUACUACAGUAAUACUAGUUAUACUACAGUUAUACUACAGUAAUACUAGUAAUACUAGUUAUACUACAGUUAUACUACAGCUAUACUACAGUUAUACUACAGUAAUACUACAGUGAUACUACAGUAAUACUAGUUAUACUACAGCUAUACUACAGUAAUACUAGUUAUACUACAGUUAUACUACAGUUAUACUACAGUUAUACUACAGUAAUACUACAGUUAUACUACAGUUAUACUACAGUAAUACUACAGCAAUACUAGUUAUACUACAGUAAUACUACAGUUAUACUACAGUUAUACUACAGUAAUACUACAGCAAUACUAGUUAUACUACAGUUAUACUACAGCUAUACUACAGCUAUACUACAGUUAUACUACAGUAAUACUACAGUAAUACUACAGUAAUACUACAGUUAUACUACAGCAAUACUACAGUUAUACUACAGUAAUACUACAGCAAUACUACAGUUAUACUACAGUAAUACUACAGUGAUACUACAGUAAUACUAGUUAUACUACAGCUAUACUACAGUUAUACUACAGCAAUACUAGUUAUACUACAGUUAUACUACAGCUAUACUACAGUUAUACUACAGUAAUACUACAGUAAUACUACAGUAAUACUACAGUAAUACUACAGCAAUACUACAGUUAUACUACAGUAAUACUACAGCUAUACUACAGUUAUACUACAGUGAUACUACAGUGAUACUACAGUAAUACUAGUUAUACUACAGCUAUACUACAGUUAUACUACAGUAAUACUACAGUAAUACUAGUUAUACUACAGUUAUACUACAGCUAUACUACAGUUAUACUACAGUAAUACUACAGUUAUACUACAGUAAUACUAGUUAUACUACAGUUAUACUACAGCUAUACUACAGUAAUACUUCAGUAAUACUACAGUUAUACUACAGUUAUACUACAGUAAUACUUCAGUAAUACUACAGUUAUACUACAGUUAUACUACAGCUAUACUACAGUAAUACUACAGUAAUACUUCAGUAAUACUACAGUUAUACUACAGUUAUACUACAGUAAUACUACAGUAAUACUACAGCAAUACUAGUUAUACUACAAUAAUACUACAGUAAUACUACAGUUAUACUACAGUAAUACUACAGUAAUACUAGUUAUACUACAAUAAUACUACAGUAAUACUACAGUUAUACUACAGUAAUACUACAGUAAUACUAGUUAUACUACAGUUAUACUACAGCUAUACUACAGCUAUACUACAGUUAUACUACAGUUAUACUACAGUAAUACUUCAGUAAUACUACAAUUAUACUACAGUUAUAUUACAGUAAUACUACAGUAAUACUACAGUAAUACUACAGCUAUACUACAGCAAUACUAGUUAUACUACAGUAAUACUACAGUUAUACUACAGUUAUACUACAGAUAUACUACAGCAAUACUAGUUAUACUACAGUAAUACUACAGUAAUACUACAGUCAGUACUACAAUAAUACUACAGUUAUACUACAGUAGUAUUUGAAGCAGUAUAAAUACUUCUGAUGGCUAAAUGGGGAGAAGGAGAUCCUCGAUGGAUUGUUGAAGAGAGAGCGGACGCCACCAACGUGAACAACUGGCACUGGACGGAGCGUGAUGUUAGCGGCUGGUCAUCAGAGCGCCUCCGUCAGCUGCUGCUGGCGGUGCAGGUGGAGGGACCGGAGGGUGUCUGUCAGCUGACCGAUGUCUCCAAACUGGACGGAGAAGCUUCCAUCAACAACCGCAAAGGAAAACUGAUCUUCUUCUACGAGUGGCAGCUGAGAGCCAACUGGCUAGGGACUUCCAGCAGUGGCCUGAAGUACAGAGGAACCGUUGACGUCUCUAACCUGUCAGACGAAAACGACACUGACGACCUUGAUAUCUCAGUGUCUCUGUGUAAAGACCAACCCAGCACCCCACUCUUGGACCUGAUGAGGAGGUCUGGGGUUCAGGAGGUCCGGAGGGCUCUGGGAGACUACAUCUACCAACUCAAAUCAGAGUUCAGUCAGGGAAUGAUCCUUCCCACCACCGACGGAUCCAAACCGCCUCUGUCUGAGACCAGGAGGAACAAGAUCCAGACCAGUAAAACCCAGAUAAGCCCCGCCCCCAGAAGCCCCUCUAGCUCCACCCCCUGUCCCACAGGAGUCCGUAUCUCAACCUGCAGCUUCAGUCUAAAGGAGACCUUUCAGACCUCCCCAGGGGAGGUCUACAGGACCUUCAUCAACCAGGAGUUUGUGCAGGUGUUCACACGUUCUGUGGCGACGGUGGACGCGCGGUGCGGCGGCUGCUUCCAGAUGUUGGACGGAAAUGUCAGUGGAGUGUUCACACAGCUGGUACCAGACCAGAGGAUUGAGAUGAGGUGGCGGUUCAGGACGUGGCCCAGUGAGCACUACGCCAACAUCCGUCUGGAGCUGGAGGACCGAGGAGAUGAGACGGAGCUGAGGAUGGAGUGUAUAGGAGUCCCCGCUGGCGAGGAGGACUCCACAAGGGAGGGCUGGAACCGGUUUUACUUCCAGGCCAUCAAACAGACAUUUGGAUACUAGGAGAGCUGGACCUGGACCCUAACCCUGGAGCUGGUCUGACAGGCUGACUGUAUCCACAGAAACCUGUUAAAAGAGAUGGUCCAUAACUUGGUUCUCUGUCUUCUCAAGAAUUAGCCUAGCUUAGCAUAAAGACUGGAAGCUGUUACCUAGAGAGAACCUAGCGAGCAACCAAGGAAAAAUGUUGGACUGUUCCUUUAAAGUUUGAUGGAUAUUGGUUCUGUCGUCAGGACAACAGGCUGUUGCAGACCAAUCAGAGAAGAUUACUGGAGAAAAACAUCACAGCACCUGAAAAUAAAACAAACAUGUUGUUCAUGUCAACUUUCUGUUCUGGUUGUUUAUUAAGAUAAUUCUGUAUUUGUUUAAUAAAAAUUUGUUCAAUAAAAAAUUUCUACUGAUCAAUACAAA